UUUAAAGUUUUUAGGAUUAGUGGUAUGGACUCUGAAAAGUGUAAUUUAUACUCAUUGCAUGCACUCAAAUUGCUUACUCAUAACACCACAUAAGCAAAAAGAGAGAAAAAUGGUUGGUCAACGAGAAGCAGAGCAACCAAUAAUACCAUCUGUACUAUUGUUGCCAUUACCACUACAAGGCCCCAUAAAUUGCUUCUUAAAACUAGCACACCUCCUUUCUCUCUCCUCUGACCACCUCAAUAUCACCUUCCUUAACGCUGAAUUCGUCCACCAAAGACUCCUUGACCUCCCCUCUAGAUUUCCGCACGUCAAGUUUUCUCAAUUUUCCGACGGAAUCUCCGGCGAUGAACCUCGAACUCCGGCGAAGUUUCCUGCCAUGGUCGGAUUUCUCCAGGCUGAAAUCAGUCGUCGUUUGCCGGAGUUUAUGGAAUCUCCGGCGCCGGCGACUUGCUUGAUCGCCGAUGGUGUGUUUACGUCGGUAGGAGAGAGAGCGAAUGAGUUAGGGAUUCCGGUGGUUUAUUUCUCAACGUUGAGUCCUUGUUGUGUUUGGGCUAGCUGUUUUCUUGUUCCCAAGCUUGUUGAUUAUGGGGAAUUGCCUUUUAAGAAAGGAAUGGACCUGGAUGAACCAGUAAGUGAUAUUCCAGGCGCAGCAGACACCUCCUUAAGGUGGUGUGACCUUCCAGGUAUUUGCCGAACUUAUGACAUGACAGAUCCUUAUGUCCAACUGGUACUUAAAGAGUUCCGAGAAUUGCCAAAUGCUCAAGGGCAUAUUCUCAACACUUUUGAUGACCUAGAAGAACCUCUGCUUUCUGAACUCCGUUUGCUUUGUCCUAACCUCUAUACAAUUGGUCCUAUCCACCUCCACUCGAGGACCAGGCAACAACUAGAAUCUGAGCAACGAAUAACAUCUAAUAGUUUAUGGCAAGAAGAUAGAAGCUGCAUAGCAUGGCUUGAUGCCCAACCCUCAGGAUCAGUGAUAUAUGUUAGCUUUGGAAGUGUGGUGCCCUUAACAAUGGACCAGCUAACUGAGUUCUGGUACGGCCUGGUGAAUAGUGGAACCCGGUUUCUCUGGGUUAGGCGGUCAGGCAUGGUAGUUGAAAUGGAAGAGAGUGAAGAGAUCUCCUUACAGGUCCCAACAGAGAUUUUAGAAGGUACACGGGAUAGGGGAUUUAUAGUUAAGUGGGCCCCACAGGAAGAGGUUCUAGCUCAUCGAGCUGUUGGUGGAUUUUUGACCCAUAGUGGGUGGAAUUCUACUUUGGAGAGCAUAGUGGAAGGAGUGCCUAUGCUUUGUUGGCCAAAUGGUAUAGAUCAACUAGUGAUUAGUAGGUUCGUUGGAGACGUGUGGAAGAUUGGAAUUGACAUGAAAGAUAUAUGUGAUCGGGGUGUGAUUGAGCAUAUGGUGAUUGAUCUUAUGAAGGGGAGGAAAGAUGAGUUUUCUCGAAGGGCAAAUCGAUUAUCAAAGUUGGCAGGUGAAGCUGUGAGGGAAGGUGGGUCAUCGUGGCGAGCUUUACAUCGUCUAAUUGAGGACAUAAAAUUCAUGAGAUUGGAAGUCCCAAAAGAUAAGUUUUGAAACAGUGUCAAAAUCGACACGAUGUUAUAUUGGAUGCAAUAUGAUACAAUUAGACUGAUUUACAACCUUGUAACUACUUUGAGCUUUUGAACAAAGUUUGGUACACUUUAUGACUGUCUGGUACAAAAGAGAGUUGCAUAGUCCUUAAUAAUAUGGAACUGGAGUACUGGACCAGCUAGCUGUCAGCUAUUUUCUCUAUACUGGGGCUAUGGUGAUCAAGGAGCAAGCUCUCUUCUUUCUGGCAGAUCAAAUCUGUAUUUUCCUGGCAAUUCUGUUGCCUUUUGGAAAACUAAGAAGCAGAAAGUUGUGCCGAAAAGCUCUUGUGAAGCUGGGUAUAGAAGCAUAAGUCAGACGACUGCUUCUGAAGUUGUCUGGAUUGAUUAAGCUGAGUGUACAGUAUUAAUGAAGUCUUUUGUUGUUCAAUACUAGAUCUGAGCAGAUUUUUUCAAAAUUUCAGUUGUCUGGAAACUGUUAUAUAUGCAUGUUAGGUUGCCUUUUUCAUCGUUUAGCAUAUAAUACUAAGCAAUAGAAAUAAGCUCUA